AUGGACCCGCGUUCUUGGUUCAGCAGCCUGACGGGCUACUUUGUCUACAUCCUGUCCAUUGCGACCCUCGGCCCGCUCCUCUUCGGCUUUCACCUGUCUGAGCUGAACGCGCCCGAAGAUGUCAUCCGCUGUAAACGCAAGUCCAUCACGUCGGCCGUCGCUGGCCCGAACCUCCCGCAAUGCAUCGAGAUGAGCCCAACCGAAUGGGGCGUCGUGGGAUCGCUGUACACAUUGGGAGGUCUGGUAGGAGCGCUUUCAGCAGGGCCAGUGGCAGGCAAAUACGGCCGCCUCAGGUCUAUGCAGCUAUUUUCCAUCUUCUUCGCCGUGGGCCCGAUCUUCGAGGCGCUGAGCCCAAACAUUGGAGUCAUGGCGUUUGGAAGGCUGUUGUCAGGAGUCGGUGCAGGCGCGGCCGUCGUCAUUGUGCCCCUCUACAUCUCUGAGAUUGCACCGCCGGGCGAGAAGGGCUUCUUCGGUGCCUUUACCCAGAUCGGGUGCAACGUGGGCAUCCUGAUCACGCAGUUGCUGGGUUACUUCUUGAGCCACGACUCUUACUGGAGGCUCAUCUUGGCUAUUGGAGGUGUCAUCGGUGCUGUACAAGGCGCCGGACUGCUGCUGUCGGUCGAGAGCCCAAAGUACAUCGCAGAGCAGGGUAGUGUCUCGCUCGCGAAGAAGACUUUGCGCAAGAUCAGGGGAGAACAUGCAGACAUUGAAGACGAGAUGAACGACUGGGGAGUCUCGGGCUCCGGCAACGUCAGUGAGGAGGAGCAGACACUACUGAGCAACCAAGAUGGGUCGGCUGAGGCGAGGCCCAAGGAGUCAGGCAAAGAACAGACGCUGAGCAUCAUGCAAGUCUUCCGCCAUCCUGACUAUCAAAAGGCCGCCAUUGCCGUUGUCAUGGUCAUGCUGGCCCAGCAAUUCAGCGGCAUCAACAGCAUCGUCAUGUACGGCGUGUCGCUCCUAGCAGGCUUACUCGAGUCCAACUCUGCGCUGCUCAACCUUGCCGUCUCAGCGCUCAACAUCAUCGUCACCGCCGGCUGCGCGCCCCUUGCUGACAAGCUGGGUCGCAAGGUCUGCCUGCUCAGCUCCCUUGCCAUCAUGGGAACGAGCUCGCUGCUACUUGCUAUUGGUAUCAUCAAGUCGAUCUCUGUCCUUUCCGCAGUUGCUGUCCUGCUGUUCGUAUCCGGCUUCGCUGUUGGUCUUGGCCCGGUGCCCUUCAUCCUAGCGAGCGAGCUGGUGGGCCCGGAUGCUGUCGACGCAACACAAAGUAUUGCGCUCGGAGCCAACUGGAUCGCUACAUUCAUUGUGGCACAGUUCUUCCCGCUGGCAAGCGCAAAGCUGCACGGAUAUGUCUACUUCAUUUUCGCGGCACUGUCAGCGUUCUUCUUCGUUUUCAUUACGUGGUUUGUGCCCGAGACGAAAGGCAAGAAGAACGCAGACGAGGUUUGGGGUAGGGAGCGCCGGGGCCGAUUUUGUCGAUUCUGGUACAAGGUCGAGCAGCCCGCUACGUCACCGGCAAAGCGCCUUCGCACAAUUUCUUCACAAUCCAAGCCAAUUCCCUCUCUACGUAGUGGUCAUCUCGAAAAUGCCGAAGAUCCUGAAGCCGCAUUCUUGGCCGAAUUAGCAAUUGCCUGGGAUGCACAGAAAGAGGCACUUUCGAACGCAGAGCUGAGCGCCGGGCGAGACGGCUUCGACUUCCAGACGUCACAGCUCGAGGCAGAGACGCCGGAACGGGUCGCAAACGGCGAUGAACACCACAGCCCGCCGCCCUCGAUAAUAUCGCCCGCCUUCACGCCUCCAGCGACACCGGGCGUCUCGACCCCCUCGCGGCCCCGGCCACCCCGCUCCAUACCAGUCGAUACCUCAGUGCGCACCGACACGCCGCGGCCGGAUCUGCUGCCCAAGCUGCCCACAGUCGAGUGCGAAGUGCGUGCGCGGAUACCCACAACCACGGGGCACGAGAUGUGGCUGCACGUGUACAGGAACAGCGUAGACACCAAGGAGCACCUGGCAAUUGUCUUUGGGAGCCAAAUACGCUCGAGAUCGCUGGAUGCAGAGCGCCCGGGAGAGACGGAGCUAGACCGCAUGACGAGAGGCGCAUACGUAGGACGCCUGUACCCGGGGAGAACCAGCUCGCGGGUUGAGCAGCUCAAGAGGCAGGAGGGCGUGCCCACGAAGCGCAAGCCCGACGCCGACUCGGCGCACGUGGAUAAGAGCAACGGCCUGCUGUCGCCAGCCUCUGCAUCCUCAUCCGAGAACGGCGACGUGCAGCCAGCUUCCUCGCUAGAAUUACCUAUGGUCCGCAUACACUCCGAAUGCUACACGGGCGAGACUGUCUGGUCUGCGCGCUGCGACUGCGGUGAGCAGCUCGACGAAGCCGCGCGGCUUAUGGCCGAUCCUACUCUGUCACCUUCUGGUGGUGCUAUUAUCUAUCUCCGCCAAGAGGGUCGUGGUAUUGGUCUAGGCGAAAAGCUCAAGGCAUACAAUCUGCAAGAUCUAGGCAACGACACAUACGAAGCAAACAUCAUGUUACGGCAUCCUGCAGAUGCGCGAAGCUACGGCUUGGCCACGGCUAUGCUCAUGGAUCUGGGCUUAGACGGAGACAGAGGGAUUAGACUUUUGACCAACAACCCAGAUAAAGUCCAUGCUGUCGAGGGGCCGAAUAGAGAAGUCGUCGUGAGGGAGCGCGUCGCCAUGGUUCCGCUUGCGUGGAAAACAGGCGGCAUGAAGGGCAUCAAGAGCGAAGAAGUAGAGAAGUAUCUUAGUACCAAGAUCGAAAAGUUCAAGCACAUGUUAGAUCAGAAAUAA